UUUCUUGCAUUUUUGUUGCCGUGAAUAAAAAAAACAUCGUCUCUCCCAACUUGGUUAUAUGACAACCAGCCACACGACUAAUGUUAAAAGGAGACAAGCUCACACCGUAGCAGGAGGCUAACGCAGCUAGCAGCAGCCCUGAAGCUGAGGGACCGGACUCAUGGCCCCGAAGCUCAUCCAGAACCUUCGGCUCCUGGCGCCGUUGGGCGGCGUCCAUCGUUACCUCGCCGGCGCUGCGGGCCCCUCCUCGUCUGCGGCCGGCGGGCGUACGGCGUCCGGCCGCUGCGUCCAGAGACGUGGCUGCUGGAAGCUCCGGACAGAAGGCGGGACGAGGAGCGUGACCACCGUGGUCCGGGGGGGCUCGUUCGCCGCCAGCAGCUACGUGGGACUCCACAGAGACUCCGAGCUGCGGUUCCGCCUGACCCAGCUGCACCCGCCGUCGGCCGAGGAGGAGCGGGGCUUCCGGCGGGCCCUGGAGACCUGCUCCGCCUCCCCGCAGGUCCUCAAGCUGCUGCGCUCCGUGGAGGUCCUGUCGGACACCAUGGCCGCGGCCUCCCUUCACCGCGUGGCCGACCUGGAGCGGGAGGGAGCCGCUCUGAGGGACCCGUCGGUGCUGGAGACGGACACCAUCCGGGCCCUCUGCUACCAGCUGGAGCAGGACUCCGAACGGCUGACUGAAGCCGGCUUGGUGUCGGCCCUCCACGCGUGCGCCCGCCUGUUUCUGGACCCCCGGAGCACGCUGAUGGAGCGCCUGCUGUCGGAGAGCCAGAGGAGGCUCAUCAGAGGGCGGAUGGCGGUCGGGGAGCUGUGCACCCUGGGUCAGGCCGUGCUGGCCACGGAGGGCCCGGGGUCCGGGACGCUGGAGCAGGCGAUGGCGCAGAUCCAGAAGCAGGAGCCCGGCCAGUGGAGCCUCGCAGACCUGGUAGCCGUGUACAGACUUCUGGAGGGGUGCGUGGGGGAAGAGGGCAAACACAGGGACUUGCUGAACGCCAUGCACACCCACGCCGUGACCGUCACCUCCAGGAUGGACCCGGCCGCCGUCAGCGGCGUGCUGAGCUGUCUGGUCGCCCUGAACCAAACGCAGGCCAUGCCCCUGGUGAUCAGCCUGUGCAAGCAGGCGGUGCGGCACGUGGCCCACUUCAGCGACGAGGAGCUGAACCGCGUGCUGCGCGCCCUCAUCCACUUCGGCCACAGCGAUCACUACUUCGUGGAGGCGAUGGAGAAGCACGUCCCCGCCGCGGCCUUCACCGCCCACCCGGAGACGGUGGCCACGGUGGCGCAGUUCUUCGGCCACAGGGGCAUCCUGUCCCCGGCCGUCUUCGACGCCGUCGCCGGCAGCUUUGUGUACCGAGCCGACGGCUACAGCACCAGCCAGAUCGCCCGGCAGAUCGCCGCCUUCGGGAAGCUGGGUUACCUUCCGCCCAACGCCAGCCAGCUGUUCAGGAAGGUGGAGACCGUCCUGCAGACGCGGUUCUCCCAGUUCCAGCCGCGGACGCUGCUCGACCUGCUGCACGCCUGCGUCCUGGUGCAGAGGUUCCCCGUCAACCACGUCGCCAAAGUCUUCAGCAGUUAUUUCCUGCAGCAGCUGCAAGGUGAGGACGUGAGAACUGAACGGGCGGUGCUGGCCCAGCUGACGCAGCUCUACAUGACGGUGAAGCUGGAGUGUCCCUCCUACGAGGGUCCUCAGCUCCUGCCAAAGUACCGGGUCAAGUCUUUCCUCAUGUCCAGUCGCUCUCUUGAGUCGCCAGUCGAUCAGCAACUGUAUAAUUCUGUGAAAGCAGGGCUGGUGGAUUUAUUUGGAGCGCGAUCGUUCUUUGGAUCCAAAGUUCUCACGCCGUACUGCUACACACUGGAUGUGGAGGUAAAGCUCGACGAGGACGGAUACGUGCUGCCAGCCAGUCAGACCAGCGACGUGCACAAGAGGAUAGCUCUUUGCAUCGACGGACAGAAGAGGUUCACCACCAACGUCAGACAGCUACUUGGAAAAGAGGUCAUAAAGCAGAGGCACCUGCAGCUGCUGGGCUACGAAGUUGUGCAGAUUCCUUUUUAUGAGUUUGAAGAGCUGAACAGCAGGAGAAGCGUGGUGGAGUAUCUCCACCAGAAGAUCUUCCCUCACACGUUCAGGCUGAGCUGGUGAUCAGAAGAAGUAACCCGCUGUGAACAUCAGGGAGCCUUUUUGUUUAAAUAAAUGCUUAUUUAUUUUUGCUAACUGCAAUUCAACGCAUAAAAAAUAAUAAUAAUGCCUUUAAGAUGUAUGUUCAGAACUGUGACUUAUUUAAUUCACCAUUAAAGUGGCUGUAAACACA